GAGCUGUUUUGGGAACCUUGGGCCAGGGUUAGCUAAACUACAAGAAUCACACAGCAUGCAAAGAAGACAAUGAGUGAGCGUACAUUCAGUCUACUUCAGAAAACAAAGACAGGAACUUCAACUAAUUAUUGCGGAAGAAUGGCACAUUUACAAAAUUACUUUCCUUGAACUUCAUUUAACAGGCUUGUAUUUUGCUAUUAAUUAUGGUGUAAUUUCUGGAGCCAGGCAAUGAUAACCUGGAGGAAUUGUGCAUUCAGGAGGCUGGGGGUGAAGAUUUUCAGAAAAAACACCCUCUUGUUCGCACUCUUCUGGUUUGGCUUUUGGAUUUUCAUGAGUGCACUGAUGUUUGUUAACAGGACAAUCUUCUCUGACUACUGCACCGAUGAGAAAAGUAAAAGGAUUCUGGCAAGAGUGUGUGAUGGCUAUAAGGAGGGAAUCCUCACUGGCGAUCUUUGUGAAGAUCUGUGUGUCAGCAAGCAAGUGGUGUACCAAAGAUGUCUUUACUAUGAAAAGGGCAAAAAGGUAAUUCAGGCAGACUGGCAUGGUAUUCCCAUUAUACUCAAAUCAAAACUGGAAAACUUCUCAUCCUAUGACAAUUUCGGAAUGCUGGAUUACCAGGAAACGCCGGAUGUUUCCACAAUGGAUAUUGUGUAUUAUGCAGCACUGGAGAUUAAAAACUUGUUGGGGUUGGAACUGGAGAACACAACUAUGCCAAAAUUAUGGAGCAAACAUUUACAAGGGAGAGUUGAACCAUACUCCAAGGCAGAAAUGGUCACUAUGUGGUCCCUUCUUCAACAGGAAGAGUAUACUUUUUUCAAAAUAUUACAGGAUUUGAGCAACCAUGUUGUCAAGAUACUGGGAUCCUGUGGGCACUUUUAUGCAGUGGAGUACCUUAUAGCUGGCCAUGCUUGGAAUCAGAACCUCUUUUCCCUGGAAGAACUUUUUGAUUCAUCUGUAACAGGCCAUCACAACAAAGCCUUAAAUGGGGCUAUACAUAAAAUUGCACUCAGCUUUUUAGACAUGGUCAAGCACUUUGAAAACGAUUUUUCCUACCAUCUUCACCUCUGUGACAUCAAACCAGAAAACUUUGCAAUUAGAAAAGAUUUGACGGUUGUUGCAAUCGAUGUAGACAUGGCCUUCUUUGAGCCCAAAAUGAGGGACAUCCUUCAACAGAAUUGCACAAAUGACGAAGACUGUAAUUUUUUUGACUGCUUUUCUAAGUGUGACAUGCAGCGCAACAAAUGUGGUGCAAAAAGGAUAAACAGCAAUUUGCAACAUGACUACCCUGACUGAUUAUCGAACCAAGACUGGACACGACACCGAACAUGGAUUUAUCUGCCUCAUCUUCUUCCGACCCAGAGAAUCCACAGUGUAUCGCGGUAUAUUGUUCCUUUGUUUCAGCCCCUGACCCAAAGCUUUCCCAGCUGCACUGUUCCAAAAGGAAACGCCGACAGGAUCCCUUCCCUGCCCAGCUUUUCUUUAAGAACUCGGCCGUCACCAGACUAUUAAAAGCAUUAUUUCAUUAGGAAAUCCAAAUUCCACCUGGAAGCGAUCGGACUACAUUAUUUUUACUUUCGUGCAUGUCUGUUUCAGCGAAGCCCAUUUUUUCCACUCGCCGCCCUGCCCCUGCUUGCUCUGCAGCUGCUACAACAGCUACAUCACUACUUCAGGGCUGUCUGCAAGUAUAACAGAAGCCCAGCAGCUGAAGACGCUAUGGCAGAGCUGUAUCAAAAAAUUAUGGAUGACAUGAAGCAGUUUAUGCAGGCUUUUGCAAACGCUCUGUCUGCAAUAAAUACUCGUCUAGAUGGUAUAGACGAUCACUCCAGCACUGUUGCAGUUCCUCCUUCUGCCUCUCAUGUGCCAAUCUCCGCCCCCACUUUCAACGCAUCAUCCAUUUCAGUGGCUCCCUUGCUCACCCCAGCCCAGGCAGCUUUGGCCUCGCCCCCUCUCCCAUUCAUCGGUGUUCCAGAGUACAAUCUGGCUACAGCAUCCACUUCAAGCUCCCAAUCAGCAGCAGCCCUCAGACAUCACGUCCUCUCCUCGUUGAUCCGAAGACAAAUAAUUGAAGGUAAAGACUUCAAGCUGGUUAACAUUCUCAUCACUGCAUCUGAAUUUAUUCAUCGCAGAGAUUUAUCAGUCACGCUGAAAUCCCACUAUCCUCGCCUGCUUAAAAAUCUGUCCCUUAGUGAGUUCAUUCUCGCAUAUUCCUUUUAUCGAGACAUUCUGUGUGCUGCAUACUCCCAUCGCCGCCAGGAGAUGGACCAAUAUAUGUUUUAUGUUAUAGAACUAUCAGUGAGA